ACGUACUACCCUCUACUAAUACCUGCUCUAUACUUGUGAGCAUCUUCAUGUACCUACAGGCCAGCUGAUAGCUCAUUCCUGGACAUUGUUUGAGAGCUAGAGGAAGGGAUUUUCUUCCAACAUGGAGGGCAUAGCUGUGGAGAAUCUCAUAGACUUUGACCUGCCCUCGGAUGCCACAGUGCCCUCUGAUGGGGAUGGAGGACAGCACCAAGACCACUCAGACAUUUUCUCCCCGUUGCCUACAUCCUCCAUGGGGGUCCACCAGGAGCCCUUACUGCCAGAGCCCUUGGUCCCCACUAACCCCAGCUCUCGCCAUCAUCACCCACGGGGAGGAGAAGAAGGGGAAAAUGAUAGUGAUGCCACCGAAUCUGCAGACAGUGAGAAUGACAUGGACCCACCCUCCCAUAGGUGGGAGCUGAGACGGUCAUCCUCCUCGUCCAACCACAGUGGAGAGGAUGGAGGUGCCGAGGCGGUGGAAAGGAGGGAAUUCAUGAAGGCCUAUGUGGAGAAGAUUUUUCACGGAAGGGAAGACUUUGACCAGGAGGAGAAGGCCCAUUUUGGAGAGCUGUGCAGUGGGGAGAAUGGCAAAGGCAGGGAGUGGUUUGCCAAAUACGUCAGUGCACAGCGCUGCAACUCUAAAUGUGUGAGCGAAGCAACCUUUUACAGACUGGUGCAGUCUUUUGCAGUGGUCCUCUUUGAAUGUUAUCAAAUGGAUGACUACAGCCCAGCAAAAAACCUCAUGACCAUGUGCUUCACAUACUACCACAUUGGAAAGUUCCAGCUUUCUCCCUCAGAGUUGUUCGAUCGUGGGGGUCAGCCUUUGGGUCUCGACUCUUACCUGAACAAGGCCAACUCUUGGUUCUCUGGGAAGAAGGACGCUGCUGAACGCCUGCUGAAGACCACAUCAAAGACAGAUGUCAAGGGUUUCUUUGGAGGUCUGGAGAGCAAGCUGAGGGGUCCGAUGGCUCGUAAGACUGAGGAGGGAGAGAGCCCAGUAGAGACGAAGCUCAAAUCAUUAGUGCCUGAGCCUCCAGAGGAAAAGAAAGUGGAAAAGGUGUACCUGUACACUCACCUGAAGCAGCAGCCCAUCUGGCACACCCUAAGAUUCUGGAAUGCUGCAUUCUUCGAUGCCGUCCAUUGUGAGAGGAAGAAGAGAUCACCUACUACUAGGGAGAAGUGGUGUCACAUGACACAAGAGGAGAGGGACGACAGCUCCAAAAUCGAUGAGAAUAUCGCCUUCGGCCAGCUGGGGACAUUCACCCAUAAUAUGCUGGCUUUUGGGCUCAGUAAGAAACUCUGUAAUGAUUUCCUAAAGAAGCAGGCAGUCAUUGGGAACCUCAAUGAAGAACAGUACAAGUUGCUCUGUGACCACAUCGAGAAAAUGGCGGCAGAGUGAGUGCGAGGAAGAAGGCGACGGGCCGCAUUUCAAGUGAUAAAACAAGGACCUGACGCUGCACACGUAUCACAAACUCCUCACCCUUGUCCGGUCACUGCAGCCGCCUCCUCCUAUUGACAGGUGUUGCACGGGCACGGCCCCAUUUCCUCAGAAACUGAUCGCUGGACUGACUUGUUCAGCCCCUAUUUAUCCGCAUUUGCACUGAUCCCCUUUACCCCGUCCUGUAUCAGCAAUAAUAUUAAGCUACUCAAACAUUAUCCGCAUGAAACGUUAUCCAACAGUAGCCUACACACUUAGUUAUCACUAAUGCCUCUGUUGAAAGGCUUAAUUUAUAUCCAUAUGAAGUAAUUAUUCAGACUUAAAUGUGUGAUUAUGUUGUCGGCCACCCUAGAUGUAUAUUUCAAUAUGUAUGAUGAUAUAUUUCAUGCAUCAAAUAUAGAUGUGUAUAUACAUCUGAGGGCUUAAUGUUUUCAGCCAUUAGCUUAUCCACUCCCAAAAUUGCACACAACAAAUUACCUGAAACUGUAUUCAUAACACAUUAAACUAUAUUUAGCUAUAAAAACAUAUGCCAGAAAAAGCGAAACAUUUACAGCACACACCAAAUUUGAGUCACCUCACAUGUAAAUGUAUAAAUCUUAGUGUUUCUUUUUACCCGGAGUACCAGAUGCGUUUUUUUUUACCAUAUAAUGUAAAUUCAGUUAGGUUAUUAAUAAUCACAGAAAGUAUUUCAAAUUGAUUUUUUUUAAAUACACCACGAUGAUCAAUGCACAGAUAUAGUUAUCGUCUUAUUUGGCAGAUCCUAUCCAUAUGUCAUCUUAGUUGGCGAAAAGAAAACAUAACAGUGAUAUUAAUCAUGCUUUGUUAAUAGAGAUCUGUGAAAACACUGGGUCUCACAAAUAUGUUUGAGCGUAUUAAUAACUAACACAUCCGUCCCCGCCGACAUAAGUCUUCCUUCUGUUCGCGUUAUUAGAGAUGGGAUACAAACUUAACUCGUUUUUGGGAAUAGUCACAAAAUCAAUAAUACCUAAUAAUUUAGUUGUAAUAAUUGAGAUAUUAGACGCGCCCUGUCCAUCCAAAGUGCCUUCCGUGUACCUGAGUAAAACUUCUCGUCUGCAUCCUCCGGCAUGACUCUUACUUUAACCCUACAGUAACAACAGUGACUGCACACAAUCCUCUACGUUAAUUCGUCAAGGAUCUCUGGUAAGCUGUACAGCUAAGUUACAAAGAGUAUUUCCGAGACAAACAACUUCCUAUGCACAUAAACAGAAUUCAUCGCGUUGUCGUUUUGUGGGUGUUUUUCGUGGUGUGCUGAAGUAGCUGGUUAGUCGUGGGUAGCAGUGGUGUGUAGAACCCGAAUGUUGCAGAACCAGCAGGCUGUAAAAGAUGCUCCAUGUACUACCUUUAUACAGUCUCCACCCAUCCAGCAGCGUCUGUGCUGCCCGCAUGUAUGUUUACCUAUCUACGUGUGUGUAUCUAUUUGCAUGUGUAAAUAGUGUUGCUCUGUUGAAAAAUAAUGCAAGUGAACUGUGAUUGUAUUACCAUAUUCUACCAAUGGGCGGUAGCAUUGUGUCUUCAAAGCGCUUCUCAGUGAGAGGCGACGCCAUUGAGAGCCAAGGAAUUGGUAUAAGAAAGGCUGCCAAGCUGUUUUCAAGUACAAUUUUAAUAUCAAAUCAUGCUUUUAAAAAUACGUGUGGGAGCUACAUAUGAUGCCAGACGCAAUUCCCUCUCUGGCAAGUGUGAAUCUACUCAUCUGUUAUAGAUAGUGUUUUAAUCUAUUGUGUGUAUCAAUUGAUUUUAUAUAUAUAUACGUAUAUAUAUAUAUAUAUGUUGUUUGUUUUUUUCCAGUCGGUGUAUUAAAACUCUUUUU